ACUUGAUCAUGGAUACAUUUGCCUCACUUGCCCUGGCGACGGAGCCCCCAACUGAGUCACUGCUGCUGCGGAAGCCAUAUGGCCGAGACAAGCCCCUCAUCUCACGUACCAUGAUGAAGAACAUCCUUGGCCAUGCUGUCUACCAGCUCACUAUCAUCUUUACGUUGCUUUUUGUUGGAGAGCUCUUCUUCGACAUCGACAGUGGAAGGAAUGCACCCCUGCACUCGCCCCCCUCCGAGCACUAUACCAUCAUUUUCAACACCUUUGUCAUGAUGCAGCUUUUCAAUGAGAUCAAUGCUCGCAAGAUCCAUGGUGAGAGGGAAUGUCUUUGA